UCUUCUCGCUCAUCCUCCUUCCCUUGUGGUCCCGGCCUGUGCUAAGUAGCGCUCCCGUCCUCUUGAUUCGAGCUUGCCAGAGCGUGCCGCUUUUUGGACUUCGCGAGAGAGCGGGAGCCGUAGUCUUUGGCGGUGCAGGGACCCGUCAUUCCAUCUCUCAUCGUCCAUCUUUUGUUUCUAUUUCAGUUCAUCGCCCUUUGCUUUUCGACACUUAUACCCUCUUGCCUGGGCGCGACGUGGUGCUGAGCAUCAGUCCUGAUUUCCUCCCCGUCAAGGCUUAGAGUUAUGGGCGACGUGCCAAGUAGCGACACAACCCGUCUUUCGUAUAGCUCAAACUGGCAGCCGGUCCCUGGGAAACAAGGGAAGACGGUUCACUACACAACAACGGGCAAUGACGAGGCCAUUGUACGACUCUCGUUUAAAGGUGUUGGCAUUAUCGCGUUAGGAACUGUCACUGGAUCGAGCCCGACCACGUACACCCUCGAUACUAAUGCCACCCAGUCGAGCGAUGUAGUUCCUGGACCACAGAAACUCUUGGACGUUGAGGGGAUACCUUGCGAUAACCAUCAGUUGGCCUUGAUUCUCCCCGAAUUCGAUCCCAAUAACCCUGGGCACGCCCAGACACAAAUAAUCCUCCAUAAGUUCGUAAUCACUCCAUGUCCAUCCGAUUCCUCGACAACACCGGAUUCUGGUUUCACUUUCUCUUCUUCUCCGACUUUGGGCCUUCCCUCGAGCUCUACCAGUGCGACUGUUCCCCCACCUUCAUCGGCGGCCUUGGAAGGUGCUUCGACUCGCACCGUUGUCAGCCCUGGUCAGAUCGCUGGCAUCGUCAUCGGCUGUCUACUCUUCGUUCUCCUCAUCCUCGGUUUCGGCAUAUUCUUCAUUCGUCGACGCAGACGCCAGAAGCAGCAAGCUCGCCCAUCUGCAGAGUUCCUCACUCACGUGUCUGCUAUGCCCGAAUUCAUGCGUCCCCCCGAGCUUCCCCCCAUCAAUGAGAAAGGACCACCCAUCAUGCCCGCCGCCCGCAAUAGAAACACUGCUAGCGCUCGCAUCUCCGGAGCCCCGAUGCGCAACUCUUCAGCCACCGACAACGUAGAGCUCUCUUCCGCACAACCGAUGCCGGUUGAAUACGUCCGAGGCUAUCUGCCCGAUUCGAAGGAUUGGCUGAGGCAGCAAGAGGCGAGAGGGGAAGCGGCGAUGAGGGAGAGGGAGUGGGAGGUUGAUCCAUCGCCUGCGUAUCGGGAGGCUGUUGGUGGUGAGAGUAGUGGUGACGUUAAUGUUGAUGGAGACCGCGAGCGGGAGAGGGAGAGGAGGCGGCGCAAGAAGAGAAGUCGGAGGCCUAGAGAGACUCGAGAAUUGAUGAGUGGGUAGGCAGGGUCGGAUGGUUCGGUGGUCGGCGGUGAGAUCGUGCUGUUUCCGAUGUCAGUGAUGGUUGUGUGGUGGGACGGUGUCAUGUCAUUCGUUUUGAGAUAUCGCUACUUUGCGGUCUUUGUAUACCUUUCGCCUAUUUAUGGAGAACACGGACCGUCAUUAUGUAGAGUACAUGGAUCCUUGUGGUCUCAUGAAUUCACAUCCUUGUCUAUC